AGGUGGCCAAGCAAAAUCCGAGUAUGGUCAAGAUGGCAAAAGUGAUCAGCGAGGAAGAUGACCCAAGCUAGAGGAGGCUGAAGCAGUUUGCUUUUGUCUGAGCCUACAAGGGAAGACCAGAUUCCUACCCUCCUCUCUCUUCCUCCUGCUGAGUUCACCGAAUGCAAAAUGCUUCUGUGUUUUUGAACUCAGUUUGUUGCAAUUGAAGUACUGUACCCUGAGGAUGAAGGGAGAGAUUAGGUUGAGGAGGGUGAAACUGGGACAUUUUAGAAGCAGCUGAAAAAGUGGGAUGAAAGAGGAUUAACUAGGACUGCACCUUCCCAAUCGGGACAGUUUUUGACUUUAUUGUUAGGAUGAAAAGAACCAAGUCUUAACCACCAACAUUUGGCUUCACAUGUAUUGGACAGACUACUACUUACAGUGGAAUAUGUCGGACUAUCCUGGGGUGAAAAAUGUCCGUUUUCCGGAUGGACAGAUAUGGAAGCCAGAUAUUCUUCUAUAUAACAGUGCAGACGAGCGCUUUGAUGCCACAUUUCAUACCAAUGUUUUGGUCAACUCUUCUGGAUACUGUCAGUAUCUUCCCCCAGGAAUAUUCAAGAGUUCUUGCUCCAUAGAUGUGCGCUGGUUUCCUUUUGAUGUCCAGAAAUGUAAAUUGAAGUUUGGCUCCUGGACUUACGGUGGAUGGUCCCUGGAUUUACAAAUGCAGGAAGCUGAAAUCUCCGGCUACAUUUCGAAUGGCGAGUGGGAUUUAGUGGGCGUUCCUGGGAAAAGGACGGAAACCUUCUAUGACUGUUGCAAAGAGCCUUAUCCAGAUGUGACCUUCACCGUAACAAUGCGGCGGAGGACUCUGUAUUAUGGACUCAACCUUCUUAUUCCAUGCGUUCUGAUCUCAGCUCUCGCCCUUCUUGUUUUUCUUCUUCCGGCAGACUCAGGAGAGAAGAUCUCGCUUGGGAUAACCGUUCUAUUGUCCCUCACUGUUUUUAUGCUCCUGGUAGCAGAAAUUAUGCCGGCGACGUCCGAUUCGGUGCCGUUGAUCGCACAGUAUUUUGCCAGCACUAUGAUCAUCGUCGGCCUCUCCGUGGUUGUGACUGUCAUCGUCCUACAAUAUCAUCACCACGAUCCAGACGGAGGGAAAAUGCCCAAAUGGACCAGAAUCAUUCUUCUCAACUGGUGUGCCUGGUUCUUGCGGAUGAAAAGACCUGGUGAGGACAAAGUACGGCCUGCAUGCCAACACAAGCAACGCCGAUGUAGCAUGUCCAGUGUUGAUAUUAACACAGUGAGCGGGCAACAGUCCAGUAAUGGAAAUAUGCUCUAUAUUGGAUUCAGAGGCCUGGAAGGUGUGCAUUGUACUCCAACCACCGAUUCAGGUGUGAUCUGUGGAAGAAUGACUUGUUCCCCCACAGAUGAUGACAACCUCCUUCACAGCGGACACCCUUCGGAAACUGACCCGGACCUUGCAAAGAUCUUGGAGGAAGUCCGUUACAUUGCCAAUCGGUUCAGAGACCAAGACGAGGCGGAAGCCAUUUGCAACGAGUGGAAGUUUGCCGCUUCCGUUGUGGACCGUCUCUGCUUGAUGGCCUUUUCGGUUUUCACCAUCAUUUGUACGAUUGGCAUUUUAAUGUCGGCGCCCAAUUUUGUUGAGGCUGUUUCGAAAGAUUUUGCUUGAGCUGCGAAAAUGUCAGCGAGCUAUAUCCAAAAAAAUAAAAAAUAAAAAUAAUAUUACGUAGCAAUAGUCUAUUCGGUGCACUUUGCUUAUACAGGAUGUGGGGAUGCAAACCAUGUUGGGGAGGGGAGAGUCUAAGAAAAGGACAGUAUCACAAUUAAUAGCCUGGACAACUGCCUGGGCCAUAUGUAUUCUGCAUCCUUGCCCCUUGAGAUGACCACAUUUGGUGUUUGGAAUAAAUUAUUUAAGUUAAGUCUA